AAAGUGGAAAAAUACUAUGCUUUUGAGAUCCCAGAUGUUCCAGCAAAAUCUGAGUACUUAGAAGUUAAAUAUUCGGCUGAAUGCCCUCGUCUUCCCCAGGAUCUGAAAGGACAAACGUUUUCACAUGUAUUUGGAACUAACACCUCUAGCCUGGAACUUCUCUUGAUAAGUAGGAAGAUCAAAGGACCAUGCUGGCUGGAAAUAAAAAAUCCACAGCCUUCAAAUCAAUCGGUCAGCUGGUGUAAGGUGGAGGCUGUGGCCAUGAAGCCUGGCUUGGUGAAUGUGGUUAAAGAUCUUUCUCCUCCUCCUCCUCCUCUCGUGAUCAUGUCCCUCAGUAUGAAGACCACUCAGAACCCAAAGACUCACCAGAAUGAGGUUGUGGCUGUUGCAGCUCUGAUUCAUCAGAAAUUUCCUUUGGAUAAGGCUCCACCUCAGCCUCCUUUUCAGACACACUUCUGUGUUGUUUCCAAACCGAAUGAUUGCAUUUUUCCUUAUGACUUCAAAGAAGCUGUUAAAAAGAAGAAUGCUAAAAUAGAAAUUGCUGCAACAGAGAGAACACUGCUGGCAUUCUUCCUUGCGAAGAUUCACAAAAUUGACCCAGAUGUUGUUGUGGGUCACAAUAUUUAUGGAUUUGAUCUGGAAGUGCUGCUUCAAAGAAUUAAUGUGUGCAAAGUCCCUCACUGGUCCAAGAUAGGUCGACUGAGGAGGUCCAAUAUGCCAAAGCUUGGGGGUCGAGGAGGGUUUGCUGAAAGGAAUGCUGCCUGUGGUCGAAUGAUCUGUGAUGUAGAAAUUUCUGCAAAAGAAUUAAUUCGUUGCAAAAGUUACCAUUUGACUGAACUGGUCCAUCAGAUUUUGAAAACAGAGAGGAUAACAAUUCUGCCCGAGGAAAUUCAAAAUAUGUACAGUGAUUCUCCUCGCUUAAUGUUCAUGCUCGAAAACACCUGGACAGAUGCCAAGUUCAUUCUCCAGAUCAUGUGUGAGCUGAAUGUUCUGCCACUGGCGCUUCAAAUAACAAACAUCUCUGGGAAUGUCAUGUCAAGGACAAUGAUGGGUGGACGAUCUGAACGUAAUGAGUUCUUGCUCCUUCAUGCAUUUCAUGAAAAAGACUACAUCGUGCCAGACAAACAAGUUUUUAAAAAGCCUCCGCAGAAGCUGGUGGAUGAAGAUGAAGAUUUUGAAGAUCAGAAUAAAUCAAAGAUAGGGAAAAAGAAAGCAGCAUAUGCUGGGGGCUUAGUCUUGGAUCCCAAAGUCGGUUUUUAUGACAAGUUUAUUUUGCUUCUCGACUUCAACAGCUUGUACCCAUCAAUUAUCCAGGAGUUUAACAUCUGCUUUACCACUGUGCAGCGACUGUCGUCAGAAGCACAAAAAAGGGCAGAGGUCGAAGAAGAGGAAGAAAUUCCAGAGCUUCCGGACCCAUCUCUGGAAAUGGGAGUUUUGCCUAAAGAAAUCAGGAAACUGGUGGAGAGAAGGCGCCAAGUUAAGCAGUUAAUGAAACAGCCAGAUUUAAAUCCUGACCUUUAUUUACAGUAUGAUAUCAGACAGAAAGCUUUGAAACUCACUGCUAACAGUAUGUAUGGCUGUCUGGGAUUCUCCUACAGCAGAUUCUAUGCUAAGCCUUUGGCUGCUUUGGUGACGCACAAAGGGAGAGAG